GAGAAAAAAAAUUAACAGUAUAACCUGGACCUGUCCAAAAGAGGCCCAAUCUAGGCCCAACAAUAUAAGGACGGCCUUCGGGGCCCUAACCCACCUGCUCCUUUUGCCAAUUGUUGUCUUCUCUCUCUAACAGUGGCGCGGGUUCUCAGAGUGAAAGCUCGAGUAGAAGCAGAAAUGGCUAAUGAGAAAGAAGGGACCGACCUACUGGGUUCUCCAACUUUCAAAGUUCUCGAUAAUGGCCGCUUCAAGUGUGUUGAGACAGGCCAUGAAGUUUUGGAAAAAGACAAGGAUUACUCCAGCAGCAAACAGUUCCGUUUGGGCCUUAUCGACUAUGCCGUCUCCCAUAAUAAGCCUCCUCUUAACGUUUUCAAGCAAGACCCUCUUUCCCGUUCGAAGCUAGUGUGCAAUAUAACUGGACACACAGUCAAUAAGUCCGAGGAACACAUCUGGAAACAUAUAAAGGAUUGUAUAGUACAGAUAUUCUAACAGUAGAAUAUUCUUAGCUGUCAAAAUAUUCUUCAUCUUCUAAGAUGAUUCCAAUCCUUUCAUUUCAACAUGCCCCCUUAAGUUGUGCUGUGAUGAGUGUGAAACAGUAAGUUUGUUCUUGGGUUUAUGAAAGAUUGGAAUAGGCAGAGACUUUGUUAGAUUGGGUUUAUUAUAUCUGAUUUGUUAUUUUUAGUUAUGAUUAUGAUAUAUGAUCUAUAGUUAUGAUUAUGAGUUAUGAACUAUGAUGUAUGAUUUAUGACCUAUGACUUUUGACUUAGAGUAUGACCGAUUUAUAGAUUAUGAUUUAGAAUUAUGUCUUAAGAUAUGAUAUGAUCUAGAUGUUUGUGUUUGUAUGACUUUGGUGAAUAUAUGUUAUGUUUGAUUAUAUGACUAACCAUUGUUUGUAUUUUUCUUACUGG